AUGGUGGAAGGCGGGUGGGUGAAAGUGGGUGGGGCAGGGUUGGACAGGAGAGAGGGGCGAGGGGAAGCAGCAGGGGGGGUGAGGGCGGGAGGAGGCGAGGUGAGUGGAGGAGAGCUGGCAGGAGGAGCGGGUGCAGAGGAGUGGAGAUGGGUGGUGAUGAUGGCACUGCACUCCGCAUGCCUGCUGCUUAUGUGCCCGUCCCCCCUGCCCCUUCUUCAAAACCCCCUUGCUUCAACCCUCGUCACCCCCUCUCGUUUCCAAUCCACCCUCCUUCCCCAGCUAGCAGCUGUGCAUUCCGUGCGUCUGCUGCCUGUGUGCUACCCCGCCCUGCCACUGCCACCACGUGUGUGUGAGGGAGGGGAGGCAUUGCCGUGGUCCUCCCACAGGCUUGGGCGGCAGCAGGCUGGGCGGCAGCUGGCAGGGCGGCAGCAAUUGGAGGAUGGACAUGCAGUGUGGGAGGAUGAUAGGAGUGAGAAUGUAGGUGAGUUUCAUGCGAGGAAGGAAAAGGACAAGGCUGUCGGUGGUGGGAGUGAGAGGGAGGAGGAGGAAGAGCGUGAGAUGGACGAAGAGGAGAAAGAGUGGAACACACAGGGGGAGGAAGAAGAGAGAGGGGGUGAUGGAGAGGCGGAAGGGGUUUCAGCAGAUGAGGGAAUGGGGGAGCAGCGCGCAGUGAGGGAUGAGGAAGGGCAGAAAGGGUGCUGGCGCCACCUGCCUGAGGUGAGUAAUUGA